AUAAUGUCACUAACAACGACUAACCAUUGGGAAAGAAUGUGUUGGUAUUUGGCCCCCCAAAUUUAUCAUAGCCAAGAGAAUCAAACAGAAAUAAAUUAUAGAAGAGUAUGUUGUGCUUUUAUUCUUUCUUCGAGAAAGAAAACAAUCAAGAGAAUUGAUUUGUCAGGCUCAGGAGGUGGUCAAUACAGACAUCAAGUCAUCCUAAAACACCUAAGGCAUCAACUCGCCUUGCCUCUUGCAUGGCUUAGAGAAGUCCACCUGCCACCUCCGAAUCGUCCAUUGGCAAGAAAAUAUUUCAAGUGAGUUUUAAUUUAUGGAGCUCUGCGCCCCCGCGGCCUCAAUUUGAGUGAUUUUAAAUUUUAACAAACUAAGCCAAUUCUUUUAAGUUCGAGAACAAAUUUGAUACAACAAGUUUGGAUGCAAUAAGAUUUCUAAAAUCCAAACAAUAAGAUGACUUGCCUAACAAGAAUACCACUUCUAGAUUAGUUGAAUGAAUUCGGCCUCUGAGCAAUAAUUAGCCUUCGUUUUUUGGUAUAGCUCAUCAGUAUAAACAAUAGUGGAAUAAAUUUAAUAGAUAAAAACCCAACUUACUCAAUUUUUUUCAAAGAAAAAAAAAAACUCAAACGAAAAUGAAGGUAAAAUAAUGAUAAUAAUAAUAAAUGAAACAUUAUAAGUUGUUCAGAUUUAGCCACUUGAUGGUCAGCAUUCCUUCCUCUUAAAUCCCAACGGCCAAUUGACUUGCCACCAAAUUGCACUCCUCAAAUAAAAGCAAAGACUAUGCUGUAGCCAACGCCAAAAUAUUAAGUAACUAGUCUAGGGCCAAAAGUUCAUACCAACCAUAUCUACUAAAGCAAUGCAGCGCCCUUGCAAUUUAAAAAUCUUAUCUACUAUGAAGAAAAGUGUGCCUAUAAACUCUCUUCCUUAUUUCUGCCUUGCCUAACCAAAGCACUUUUUCGCUCAAAUAGUAAAAAAAAAAAAUGUCAUUGCCAUUAGUACUGAUGCUGUCUCUCUUCUCCACCAUGAUGACUUUGGGUGGUGCAGCAAGAGAUCGCCCGCCAGCAAUCUUCGUCUUUGGUGAUUCUCAUGUGGAUUCUGGAAACAACAACUACUUGUUAGCUUCUCUAUCGAAGGCAGAUCACUUUCCUAAUGGCAUCGACUUCAAGGCCUCUGGUGGCAUGCCAACUGGCCGGUUCACAAAUGGCCGAACCAUUGCUGACAUUAUCGGGGAAGAAAUAGGACAGCUAAAUUAUGCACCUCCAUUUCUGGAUCAAUAUACAACCGGUGCUGCUCUUCUGAAUGGAGUCAAUUACGCAUCUGGAGCUGGAGGAAUAUUGAAUAAAACUGGAGCACUAUAUGUGAGUAGGCUUGGAAUGGACCUUCAAAUUGAUUACUUUAACAGCACCAGGCAACAACUGGAUCAAUUCCUAGGGAAGAUUAAAGCUGGGGAACUAGUGCAGCAGGCAAUUUUCUCAAUCACAAUUGGAGCAAAUGAUUUCCUUAACAACUACCUGACUUUCAUAUCAGAUUUCGAAGCGCCAGAUGCAUAUAUAAAUCGUCUCAUGAUUGCACUAAAAGAUCAGCUUACAAGGCUUUACCACCUUGAUGCAAGAAAAAUAGUGAUGGGGAGUAUUGUUCCAAUUGGAUGCAUUCCUUAUCAAACAUCCUUAGCUCCACUUGAUGAAACUGGCUGUGCUGCAUUGCCUAACCAGUUGGCUAUCAAGUAUAAUGGAAAAUUGCGUGAUUUGCUUACUGAACUAAAUCAAAUCUUCCCUGGAUCAAAUUUUCUUUAUGCUAACUUGUAUGAUCUGUUAAUGGACGUCAUCACAAAUCAUCAAUCCUAUGGGUUUGAAACAGCAAGUGAUGCUUGCUGUGGCAAUGGAGGGGUUCAUGGAGGCAUAAUUGCUUGUGGCCCAGCAUCCAGCCUCUGUGGAGAUCGUUCAAAGUAUGUAUAUUGGGAUCCAUAUCAUCCUACAGAGGCAGCUAAUCUGAUAGUUGCAAAGAAACUUGUCCAUGGAGAUGCAAAAGAUAUCUCACCAAUAAAUAUUCAACAACUCAUAUAAAUAUUUCGUAUACCACCUCUUAUGCCUCUGUGUCACAGUUUAAUCGGAUUAAUUAACCGUUUGCGUUCUGGAACACCAAAUGACUACAGUUUAUUACAGAUCUUUAAUUAAAGCCAUAAAUACGUUCUGUAAAGGAAAAAAUGUGCAAUUAUUAUAAUUAGUUAGAUUUUUAUUUUUGUAUCCCUCUGUGUUUAUUUAAUUUCCAACUGGGGUUUUCGCAUACAUUUGAAAUUGAGAGACCUCCCUUUUACAACCUUGUACACUUCUAUAUAUUAAAAAUACUUAAAAGGAAAAUUCAUGUCAAUAUUCAAACCUUCAAAAUGUUAGCAGAGUUGUGAUCCAAAACCCUCUAUCUCAGCUCGCAUCUACCAGUAUCACAAUCAUCCAUACAAUAGCCACUACAGCGCAUUCAUCAACUCCUGUAAGAGCCCGAUCUCCCUCAAAAUUUUAUGCAAUCCUCCAUCUCAAUAUCUCUUCCCCUUACUGAAUCCUACAAGUACUUGAACAAACUCAAUCCCUAGCCACCAUGACACACGACAUUUUUUGAUAAUCCAUAUCCUCAUGCAGUCACAAGUCCAAUUGAAACAUUAUGAUUAGAUAUAGCCCAGGUUUACCCAUAAUCUAUACUGAUUUCACCUCUAUACCCUCUGCAUCUCAUAACUUUCUCUUAAAUAAAAGAUCAUAUGUACCUAGCAUGAAAAAGAAUAUUAUUUGUGUAUAAUUUUUUCCAUUAUAACCAUAUAUUUAUCGAGUUCCUACCCACCUCAUUUCAUGUAAACAAUCCACGCAUGGGAGCAAUAAUUUUUAUGGGGUAAACAAAACCUUAUGAGUAUGAAUGGGAAGCCCCCACACCAAACACCUCUACUUAUUGCUCUUUCCAAUGCAAAAAUCACUUUGCCAGAGUGGCAUCAUAUAAACUAGGCCAUCCAUUUAUCUCAAUUGUUAAACAUAUUAUUUCCCAAUUCAAUCAAAACUUGUAGUCUCCAUUGUCCUCCAAGGUUCAUUUCAAUGUGUGUCAAUACAACAAAAGUCAUAAACUUAAAUUUAUACGCCCACUAUUGCAUCUUUUUAACCUCUUUACUUAUUGUUCUUAGAUGUGAGGAUCUUACUCUUAUAAUCCUAUGAUGGUUUCAAAUAUUAUCAUUUUUAUCCAGCCUAAUAACAAAUACACCUGUACUAUCCACUCAAGCAGAAAUCUCAUGUUAUGAUGUGAUUCAAAGCCUUAGUGAAAAACUUUUUGAUAAAAACCUUAUCACAAUGUACUCUUAACAAUUAUAGUGAGUAUCUUGAUAUAUCCUAUCCACACUCUUGGCACAGCCUAUCCACCUAUCCCAUCUUAUAUUUUACUAGCUUGACACACAUCUGAAUAUAAUUGAAAUUGUAAGGUUUCAUCAACAUAUUAUCAAAACUAGUUUGUCUGUCUCAUUUCAUGCAUGCAUUCCACAUGUACAUUAGACUCCUAUU